UUUAUCAUAUAUCAUAUAAAUAAUUUGUGUGUGAAUUUGAGGUUAAAAUUUUUAAUUAAUAAUUAAAGAAAGAACAAUAUCUAUUUAGAAAAUAAUUAUAUACUACAUUAUGGAUUCUCAACGGCAUGAUUCUCCACAAUCAAUUUUUUUAGUAGAUAAAGACAAUAAUAGAUUGGAAAUUACUCCUGAAAAUAUAAAAUUACUUCGAGAUUGUACGACUGAAGGAUUUAAAAAAAGAGCAUUACCGCUGAGUUUAUCUUGUGGUAUUAUUUCUUAUAUGUUUCUGAAAAAUAAGGGUAAAAUAGACAAACGUUUAAUGGUUCCAAUUGUUUUUUGCUCUGCUGUUGGAGGUCUUACUUUCGGUUUAGCAAGUUACAAUAAAAUAUGUGCCGAACGAUUAAGAAUUGCAAUUGUACAAAAUUCAAGAAGUUACAACCAAAGUGAUAUGGAAAAUCAAAACAAUCCAGUUUCUUCUCAAAAAAAUUACGAAAUGUUUACUCGAAGUAAACCAACAGACAUAGAAGUGUCAACAACGAGUGAUUUUGACACUGUAAAUAAUAUUGUAGACAUGGACAAUGUGGAAAUACCCUUUCAAUCAAAGACUUAUGAUGGGCAAAGGAAUUAUGUAACGUAUGAUGAAUUAAGGGAGAGGAAUAGAACAGAAUAUAUGCAAAAACAAAAAUAUAUGCAACCAUACCAAGGAGUACAACAAAGAUACAAUUCUCCUCAAUUUAAGGAUAAAUCAAAUAAGGUAUAUUUUCCUGAAGAAAAAUUUGGAGAUAACGUACAAAGUAAUCCUAUUGGUACACAAGAAUUUGAAUAUAAUGAACAGUUAAGCAAUCAACGAAAAGAUCGGGUGCAACCUGAAAUGUAUCCAACUCAAGGUAUUAAUCGUCCCUCAAGGCAACGAAAAAAUGAGUAUGGUGAUGAUUGGUAGUAUUAGUUUUUAAUAUAUAGUCAUUUUAUAUGUAUUCUGUUUAAAUAAAAGAAAAUAAAUAACUACCUCAAUA